AUGUCGCAUUUCCCCCCCGACAUUGGCGCCUCGACGCUCUCGCUCCAUGCGGAUGACGAGCUGAAUGUAGUUACCGAUGUUGCUCCCCCGCUUCAUGUCUCCACGACUUUCAGAUACUCCAACAACCCCGACGAUCUGGUACCACUGACAGAUCUCAGCGGGUAUGACCAGGACAAGACCAGCCACGUCUACUCUCGCCUCUCGGCACCCAACCCGACCCGCUUCGAGACUAUUCUAUCGUCACUCCUCAAUGGCGAAGCCAUCAGCUAUUCCUCCGGCCUCUCGGCCCUCAACGCCGCCCUCGUCCUCCUCAACCCCCGCCGCAUCGCCUUCGGCAACGGCUACCACGGCUGCCACGGCGUGAUCGAGAUGUUCGGCCGCCUCACAGGCCUCCAGAAGCUCGACCUCGACUGCCCUGCCGAGCACUUGCAGGCCGGCGACGUCAUCCUCCUCGAAACCCCGCUCAACCCGCAAGGCACGGCGUUCAACAUCGCCGCGUACGCGCAGAAAGCGCACGCGCGCGGCGCCUACCUCAUCGUCGACAGUACGUUCGCGCCCCCAGGCCUCCAGGACCCGUUUGUCUGGGGCGCGGACCUGGUCAUGCACUCCGGUUCGAAGUACUUUGGCGGCCACAGCGACGUGCUCUGCGGCGUCCUGGCGACCCAGCGCAAGGACUGGGCCAAGAAACUCUUCCAGGACCGCCUGUUCCUCGGCAGCGUCAUGGGGAACAUGGAGAGUUGGCUGGGCGUGCGCAGUCUGCGCACCCUGGAGAUCCGCGUGCAGCGGCAGAGCCAGAGCGCGACGGCGCUGGUGGCAUGGCUGGACGGCGCGCUACGGGCGGUGAGUCCGGCACCGGGCAGCGACGAGGCGGCUACGCAGGCGGCGCUGGCGAAUGUGUUGCAUGCGAGUCUGCAGCGGGAUGAGGACGGGUGGCUGCGCAAGCAGAUGGCGGGCGGCUUUGGGCCGGUCUUCUCGAUCACCAUGCGCGAGGAGGACUUUGCGAGGAAGCUGCCGAGUAAGCUGGCCUUCUUCCAGCAUGCGACGAGUCUUGGGGGCGUGGAAACGCUGAUCGAGUGGCGGACUAUGACGGAUGCUGCGGUGGAUCGCCGGUUACUGCGGAUUAGUAUUGGGUUGGAGAAUUGGGAGGAUCUGAGAAGGGAUUUGGUGGGUGCUUUCCGGGCGUUGACGGGGAACUAG